AUCAGUUAAACAUGUAUAAAUAAAGUCAAACACGUUUGAUAUAUUCAACCACCUAUAAAUAUUUAAGAAUAUUAUUUUAACUUGACGAUAUAACUUUGAGUUCAAGGGCAUUUAUUCAAUUAAAUAGGAUAAAAGACAUUUUAGUGGGCGGAAAACUUACAAUGAUAAAGAUUACCACAGAACUACCUAAUGGACGUAAGGAAGAAUACAUAUUCGCGGACGGAAUCAAUUACAGUUCAAAGGCACUGAACUUCUUACCAAAGAAAGAUUUAGAAGCUCACAUAAAUGACGUAAAACAGUUACAAGUUCGUGAUAAUGACAUAUAUUUGGCUACAUUUAUGAAAAGUGGUACACAUUGGGUAUGGGAAAUCCUUGUUAUGCUUCAACGUGGAAAUGCUGAGUAUGAAACCAAGACGAAAGAAGCUGCUUUCUUAGACUUUCAAUCGCCGGAGAUAGUCGACACAAUUCCUUCACCAAGAGUACUGAAUUCUCAUUACCCUUGCAAACUUACACCAACAGGAAUUUUCCAGAAGAAAUGUAAAAUUGUUCACGUGAUCAGGAAUCCAAAAGAUGUUUUUGUGUCUUUGUUUCAUCAUUUAAGUCACCAUAAAGAAGGAAGUGAAUCAGAAUCUUUCGAAGAGUUUCUUCCGAAAUUAAUUGGAGAGUAUGGUCUGCACUUCUUUUAUCCAUGGUUUCAAUACGUUAAAGAAUGGGAACGUUUUUCAAAAGAAAACCCGGAUGAUAUCAUAAAUAUUUACUAUGAAGAUUUGAAAGAGGAUACUGUCAGAGAGAUCAAGAAGUUAGACAAGUUUCUUGGCACAAACCGAAGUGACGAUCUGAUUAGAAAUAUUGCUGAUGCAUGCGACUUUAAAAAACUAAAGAAGGCGGACGAAGAAGUAAAAGUUCAAGAGGCAUUCACAGUUGCUGCAAAUAAAACUAACCCAAUUUACAGAAAAGGUCAAGUUGGAGACUGGAAGAAUCAUUUUACCGUCGCAAUGAAUGACAAGGUUGACGAAUGGCUGGCAAACAAUUUUGUUGAUACAGAUCUCAAAAUAAGAUAUACAUUAUGAAUUAAAUAAUAGAUUUACUGUUUGCUUAAAAGGCUUUUCGUGAUAUAAAUUUCGAUAUUCAUAUGAUAUUAAUUAUCGAAAUCCUUGACUUAUCAGUUACUUCUAUAUAACUUUGUAAUAGCUAGUGUCAACAACAAACCUUUUAAACAGAAGUACCAUUAUAUUACGGUAUAUAUUUCAAUGGUCUACGAGGAGUACAUUUUUUAUUAUAUGUUUUUCAAAUCUUAAUAAAAUGAUAGAAAAUUAUCAUUUGGAUUUGGAAAGAAAAGAAAAUGAUGAUAGAGCGGUUUAUUAUGGACAUUUAUGUGAUAAAUGGUAACAUUUUGUUCAAGAACAAUAUAUUGUCUGUCAUAUAAUUUAUGUGAAAUCUGAUCAUGUAUCUUAUACUAACCAACAAAACGCAUACAUUAUUAUUCUAAGAAUUGUUGUGAAGUAUGAAUCUAACUGCUAUCAACAUAAUCGUUUUUCUU